GUCCGCAGCAAUCGGUCGCCGCAAGCAAGAAUAAGAUGGGCGCGUGCCACAGCACCGAAGAGGCCGUGACCUUGACGACGACGUCGGCCCGCCAUGGUCCGCCGCCGGCGCGCGUCGAGCUCUCGCAGCGCGGACCGUCGAAUCCGCAGGACGACGCGGUCGUGGCGCCCGUCAGCACGGGUCCGAAGCGGCAAGACCUUCCACUGCCCAAGCCGACGACGCCGGCCACGGCGCAGAACGUUCCGUUCAGCGACUUUAAGGAAGGCGAGCGCGACGUCGUCGAGUCGAUUCUCGAAUCCAAGAUCCAUCUGCGCAUGGCGGCCAUCAACUUCAAGGAGCUCAAGCUACAGAAGGUGAUUGGGAAGGGCGCAUUUGGCGAAGUCAUCAAGGGCACGUACCAUGGCACGCCCGUCGUCGUCAAGCGCAUGGUGCGCCAAAACAUCGACCCGGAAAACGUGCGCAUGUUCGCCGAGGAGAUCCAGCUCAUGAUGAACCUCCGCCAUCCAAACAUUGUCCAGUUUAUCGGCGCCAGCUGGAACUCGUACUCCAACAUUUGCUUUGUCACCGAGUUUCUCGACCGCGGCGAUCUCUACUCGGUGCUCAAGAACCCGCGCAUCCAGCUCUCGUGGCACCACCCGCUGUGGGGCAUGACGAUCGACAUCUCGCGCGGCAUGGCGUACCUCCACAGCAUGGACCCGCCGAUCAUUCACCGGGACCUCAAGAGCAUGAACAUCCUCGUGAGCUCGUCGUUUGGCGCCAAGAUCUCGGACUUUGGGUUGAGCCGCGAAAAGGCCAUGGAUGACACGAUGAGCGUCACGGGCACGCCGUUGUGGCUGCCGCCCGAGAUGAUUCGCGCCGAGCGCUACUCGGAAAAGGCGGACGUCUACAGCUUUGGCAUUGUCUUGUCGGAGCUCGACACGCGGAGGAUCCCGUACCAUGACGUCAAGUCGGGCACGAAGAAGCGGAUGCCGGGCAGCGCGCUCUUGCACAAGGUGGCGUACGAGCAUUUGCGUCCGAGCUUGAGCCCGCACUGCUUGGACAGCGUCCGGGACCUCUUUGUGCGCUGCACGGCCGACAACCCGAAGGACCGGCCGACCUUUGAGGCGAUUGUAGCCGAAUUGGAGACCUCGGUCCAGCGCGAAAUUUUGCAGCGCCACAACGACAGUCUGAUCGAAGCCGACGAGAACGAUGCGCGGAUCGCACGCGACCUCGGCGUCAAGCACGUCACCAACUACGUCGACGACGCAUAAGGAGAUGGCGAGUGACGAGCAAUGCAAAUUCAUUAUGUGUUUUCGAACCA